AUGACUGCUGAUGCGAAAUCCAUUACUCCAGAGGCAGCUGCGCCGCCAAUGGAUUGGAAAGAGAAUGUGAAGGAUCUCACUGCGGGCGCCGCGGGAGGUGUAGCACAGGUGUUAAUCGGCCAGCCAUUCGAUAUCGUCAAGGUGCGGCUGCAGACGCAGACCGGCGGUUCGGCGCUCUCAGCGGCGCGCAACAUCUGGACGAAGGAAGGUCCCUCGGCCUUCUACAAGGGGACGAUAGUACCUUUACUGGGUGUUGGCGCUUGCGUCAGCAUUCAGUUCGGUGCCUUCCAUGGCUUCCGACAGCUCAUUGAAACCUACAACCACCGGAAGGGCCAUGUUCAAGGCAAAGGUCUAUCAAUCCCACAGUUCUACUUGGCUGGCGGAUUAGCCGGAGUGACGAACAGCGUCAUCUCCGGCCCCGUGGAGCAUAUUCGCAUUCGGCUUCAGACGCAGCCACACGGUACGACCCGGCUUUAUAACGGGCCUUGGGAUUGUGCGCGAAUGAUUAUCCGGGUGGCUGGUCCUGCAGGAAUCUACCGCGGGCAGGUUGUGACGCUUCUUCGCGAAUUCCACGGCUACGGUGUAUGGUUUGCCGCGUAUGAAGGACUUCUGGAAAUCCUGCAGGACCGGACCCAGAAGAAACGGCAUGAAUUGCCUAACUGGCAGAUCGCUGUCUGCGGUGGCUUGGCUGGCGAAGCCUUGUGGCUUCUGAGUCACCCGUUAGACGUGAUUAAGAGUAAGAUGCAGAGUGAUGGGUUUGGUCCCGAUCAAAAGUACCGCAGCUUGAGACAUGCGUUCCAACAGACGUGGGCUGUUGGUAGAAUUCGAGGAUUAUUUCAGGGUCUGGGGCCUGCGUUGCUGCGUGCGAUGCCGGUCUCUGCGGGUACAUUUGCCACGGUGGAGAUGGUGCGAAAGAUGUUAGCGUAG